ACUCCCUCUUCCGGCCAACUCAUCCGAACUCUGCUGUCAGUUCAAAUGUGUCACUUUGUGCCAGUCAUCCAAAUAAUCAAUCGCUUCACUUUUAAAUAGUUCAACACUAAAAAGACAAUCGCCAAAAUGGUGUUGCAGACGAUGAUUGUUCGGGUCGCUGACGGUCUUCCGCUUGCUGCAUCAAUGCAAGAAGACGAGCAGUCUGGACGAGACUUACAGAAGUAUCAGAGUCAAGCCAAGCAGCUGUGCCGAAAACUGAACGAGCAGAGUCCAGCACGGUGCACUUUAGAAGCGGGGAAAAUGUGUUUUCACUAUGUCAUUGAGAAAGGAGUGUGUUACCUGGCCUUGUGUGAAGCAGGGUUUCCCAAGAAACUGGUAUUUGCCUAUCUGGAGGAUCUGGAAGGAGAAUUCAGUGAGCAGUACGGGGCAAAGGUCCCAUCCGUAUCACGGCCAUACUCUUUUAUCGAAUUUGACACGUACAUACAGAAAACCAAGAAGUCGUACAUUGACAGCAGAGCAAGAAGAAAUCUGGGCAACAUCAAUUCAGAAUUACACGAUGUUCAGAGGAUCAUGGUUGCUAACAUAGAGGAGGUGCUUCAGCGAGGAGAAGCAUUAUCUGCCUUGGAUUCCAAAGCAAGCAAUCUGUCCAGUCUGUCUAAGAAGUACCGCAGUGAUGCCAAAUAUCUGAACACCCGGUCUACCUAUGCUAAAGUGGCCGCCGGCGCUGUCAUUCUCAUCACACUCGUUGUUUACGUGCGCUUCUGGUGGCUGUGAAAUACAAGGAACAAACUCGAGCAGAAACUCUCAGGGCCUUGCCUCACAAAAAAUGGUUCGGACACCAAAUAGUCUGUUCUGGCCUUAAAGUUGUGUCUGUUUGACACUGAAUGUAGGAUAGCGAGGGUUUGUAAUAACGAUGUCCUAUCUUUCUUUAUUUAUAACAUGUCAGUGGAAGGAGUUAAAGAUGCGCGUUGCCUUGUAUGUCUCCUGUAUGUUCGAAACGGAGCUAUGCAAAUUAUAUUUGGUAUACCUUGUGGGUUAAUUUGUGAUUUAUUUGUAAAAUGUGAAGGUAGUUUUAUAGAAACAACAGUAAAUUUUGAAAAAACAAAUGUUUUGUUGUUUACAAAUGAUGCAAAAUGCACAAUAACAAGUACAUUUACUCACUCAAAAAUGAUAAAUGCUCACUUCUGUGGAGCAGGGAAUACAAAUGAAUUUGUGCAUUAACGAAUCACAAGUGAAUUUCUGGUUGAAAUCCAAAUGUUCAUAAUUCACUUGGAGAUUUAGGCCAUGAGGUCAAAGUCGUCUCGCUGAAAGAAAAAUAAAAUUGUACCUUUAACAGACGAGCGAUUAGUUCAUAUGUUUCGUAUUCAUUUAAACAGUGUCAAUGUGAUCACAGAAACGGCAGCAUUCAUUCAAACACGGUGAAAUGUGUUAAAUAAACGUGAAAAUUUUGACUAAA